AUGCAGGCAGCAGCUGCGAAUUUGCAGAAUGCCAAUGCUAGUAAUGGUAAUGUUGUCGAGGAAUUACUCGAUUUUGGUAAACUUAAGAGUGUUGUUUGGUUACACUAUUCCAAAGUUCUGAUUAAUGGCAUUGUCAAAGCUAAAUGCAAUUACUGUAAGAAGCAAUUAGCUGGGGAAUCCAACAAUGGUACUACCCACCUAAAGAAAACACCAAAAUCUGUGUUCAAAAGAAAAUUAGGGAUGGUAGUCAAAAGAUUCUUGGCCCUCACUAUUUGGCUAAAGGAAAGCACGACAUGGUUGCUAGUGCUUUCAACUCUGAUUUUUCAAAAAAGGAGCUUGCAAUUGCUAUUACAAUUUAUGAAUAUCCUUUGUCGACGGUUGAUCAUCCCAAAUUCAAGAGAUUUGUCUGCUCUCUUCAAACUUUGUUCAUUAUACCAUCAAGGAAUACUAUCAAUAAGGAGUUCUUUAAGAUUUAUGAUACUAAACGAGCUAAGAUUCAAAGUGUGUUUGAUAUCAAUAGAGGUAGAAUAG